UUGGAAUUUCGCUCGCCAUUCUACGUUAUAAUCUUUCGAAAAUGAACCAGUGCAAUGGAAUAGCAUCCUCAAUGUUGGUGAUCUGCUUGGUGUUUCUAAAUUUAGUCAGCAUAGCGGUGUCAGCGUCUGCCCGUCCGUCUUCUGCAUUGCAGCAAUGUUCAGCACAUAAAGAGCGGAUGCGAAGAGCUCUCCCUGUGGACCAUCCGCACAUCAGGAAAAAGAGAACUAUUCAGGUCCCGAAAGGCAGUUCAUUUGAGUGCAAAUGGGCUCUCAACAUGCCGUUCGAAACGCAGCGUCGUUACACUGCCAGGUUUCAAGUGGCAAUUCCCAUCAUCAUCAAUUUCCCGGCGAUCUUUUUCGAGAGAUAUGGUCUCGAGAAACUCAAAGGCUUCGUGGAAGAUGAAGAUGAGGAAAUUGAGAAAAUUGACGCUCCCAAAAAGCAGGACCAGGAGGCGAAGAACCAUACUCCGGAGCAAGCGGACAAUGAAGAGCCUUUGCCUGCCCACCACUACAUCCACAAGCGAGACGCAGUGAUCUCGAACUAUUCAACAAUUGUACAAGAAGAACGACUCUAUUUUUAUCGAAUCAUCGAAGGAUUUCUUGAUAAGUUGGGACUGCCAGCGAAAGAAUGCUUGCUGCGCACGGUGUGCGAAGUGGCAAGUGAGCCAAUAGAGUAUGGGCUUGCAGGAGAUAUAUUCAACAUGCUAAUGAGCCCUACAAUGACAUCAUUGUUGGCAUCCCAGGACGGUGGCUACGUGGACGAAAUUCUUGCAUACGUUCGGGCUGAGAAAGUCGGCCACAUAACCGGUCGUUGCCACGACGAAUACGAAGUUUGUCCUGUGUCCCUCUUUGACUUGUUGCCUUUGGUAGUUAAUAACAUAUUCUCUUCAGUGUAAAGUUACUUAGAAUUGCUUCUGCUUAAUUGCAUUUGCAAUUCAACGUUGUUUAAGCUCUUUUAAAAUCUUUCCCCAAUUGAUUGGUUCUGUUUUGGCCCAUACUCGCUCUGUUGUGUUCUAGACAAACACUUUUUUGUGUUCUAGCCCGCACUUAAUUGUUUUUGAGCCCGCAAUCUGUAGUGUUGUGGCCCGCACGCUGUUGACUUCUUGCUCGCUCCGUAUUCCAGUUCGCAAGAUUCUGAAUCACUUUGAGUACUUGGCUUGGUCAGAAAAUUUCGCUUAUCGCUGGAGUAUAUAGAGUGAACCUGAAUCUGGUUGGUAUGAUUUUACAUGCAGCUUACAAACGUAAUACCUACCGAUUGUAUCACGAAUUAGUGUCAAGAAUUUCAAAGAAGCUCAAUUAAA